UAUAAUAGUUUAAUGUAGCAACACGCUAUUCACAGUUGACGUGCGUCUUUUGACUGACACCAUAAACUAUGAUUUGGAUACUCGUUGUUUCCCAGCUCUUAUUUGGUUUUUCAACCAAUGCAAACAUUGUAAAGAAACAUUGUCAACUGAUAGAAGAGUACAAGGAAUUCCAGAGUACCAUGGAUACAUAUCUGGCAUCGAGCGACGACGUCUGUCAAGGCGAAACUGAAAACUACACUGAUUGUGCAAGUAUUUUGAAGGAGUAUCCUAAUGCUGGAGAUGGCGUGUAUAGGAUACUGCCCUCAGACGAACAAGGUUCCUUCAAAGCGUACUGUGACAUGACCCAACAUGGAGGCGGCUGGCUGGUGAUACAACGGAGAGUGGAUGGCCUGGUGGAUUUCUACAGGACGUGGUUUGAGUACAUGGACGGCUUUGGCAACCUCACCGGGGAAUUCUGGUUGGGUAACGAGAGGAUACACCGUCUCACCAAACAGACAACGUACGAACUACGAGUGGACCUCACGUUUACAGACGGGGAGACUGGGUUUGCCCACUACAACAACUUCCGACUAGGCAACAUGUCGACCUUCUACACUCUUGAUGUCAGUGGGUUCACGGGCAAUUCAGGAGACUCUAUGGAGUAUCAAAAUUUCAGGCGCUUCACUGCUAAUAACCUGGACUUCGACCUGAACGAGACCGACAACUGUGCUGUGAUGUAUCACGGAGCUUGGUGGUACAAUGACUGUCACCACUCCAACCUUAAUGGUCUUUACAACGACACCACAUAUAGAGGAAUGAAAUGGGGUUCCAAGGUCUCCAUACAGGCAAGCAUGAAAAUUCGCCCACAAGGUAGCUUCAAGGAAGACUCAAUGCCCGAUGGUGUAUUGUUGUGAUUCCUGAGGUUCGAUUCCUGGACGUUUAAUUCCUGGACGUGUUCCUUCCGUGCCUGACGUUUGUGACCAAGGGUCAAAACAUGGACUGGUCAGUUUGAAGUCAGUGUAAUGUGUCUGAGUGGGAUAUCCGUGCUCAAGUGUGACAUGGGAACUGUUGGGAAGCACUUUAAAACUAUAAUUAAUCUUGAUUACUACAAGCACACACACACACACACACACACACACACACACACACACACACACACACACACACACACACACACACACUUGGAAACAACUUCAAUAAUCUUGAACGUUAAAACCAAGUACCCCUCACCUGUUGACACCGUAAGUGUCAAGAUAUAUGUGUUAUUUGUCACCAUUGAAUUAAUAUACAAUCAGUAGUUUAAGGAAGAAAAUAAAACAGCUUGAAUCAAA